GUCUGGUUGAAGGUCGUGACACUUUUAAGAAGAAUGGUUUCGUCUGAAGAAGCGGUUGUUGGAGUUGCACACCUCACAAAAACAUCGGAGUCACCUUGGGUUGAGAAAUAUAGACCAAUUGAAUUGAAGGAUAUAGUGGGGAAUGAGAACACAAUCUGUCGUUUAUCCGUCUUUGCUCGAGAGGGAAACUUACCAAAUAUUAUAAUAGCUGGUCCUCCGGGUUGUGGAAAGACAACAAGUAUCCUGUGUUUGGCUCGAACACUUCUGAAGGAUGCUUAUAGAGAUGCAGUUCUGGAAUUAAACGCAUCGAACGAUAGAGGAAUCGAGGUGGUUAGGACCAAAAUCAAGAUGUUCGCCCAAAAGAAGGUGACGCUUCCUGAAGGUAGACAAAAGAUAAUUAUCCUCGAUGAAGCUGACAGUAUGACUGAGGGUGCUCAACAGGCUCUUCGACGAAUUAUGGAGUUAUAUUCGCGGACAACCCGUUUCGCGUUGGCUUGUAACGAUUCAUCUAAGCUCAUUGAGCCGAUACAAUCAAGAUGUGCUGUUCUGCGUUAUGCUCGUUUAACGUCACCUCAAAUUAUGGCUCGCUUGCUAGAAGUUUCACGAGCUGAAGGAGUCUCCUACACAGAGGAAGGUUUAGAAGCUAUCGUAUUUACGGCGGAUGGUGAUAUGAGACAGGCCUUAAACAAUUUACAGUCAACUUAUCAAGGUUUUGGAAUGGUUAGCAGUGAUAAUGUCUUCAAGGUAUGUGAUGAACCACAUCCAAUGCUGAUUAAACAGUUACUAGACCAUUGUACUAAGGGUGAAUUGUCUGCUGCUCAUAAGAUUCUACGUCAUUUAUGGACAUUGGGUUAUUCAGCUGAAGACAUUAUCACUAUCACUUUCCGUGUCUUAAAAAAUCAUCCAAUGGAAGAAUACUUAAAAUUAGGAUUUGUAAAGGAAGUUGGUCUUACUCACCUACGUAUAUCUGAAGGAUUGGGUACAUAUCUUCAGUUAGCAGGUCUACUUGCUCGUCUUUGUAAAGUAGUGCUGCCUAAAUGAACUUGAAUAUACACAUGUUCACAGUGGAACAUUUGCUGGGCAUGCUUUUGUACAGACACUUAAGAUUUUUAUGUCUCUAUUUCUAAGUGUUAUGACAUUUCAGAUUUUGUUUAACAACACGCAAUUAAAUAUACAAAAUUUCUUACCUAUUGA